UAAACAAAAUUUUUUCACCACAUCAUUGACGGUCGGCCAUUUUUGCUCUCUUUUGAUUUUCUGAAGUAAACCAGCCAACAUGGGUUUUGCAAAUCUCUGGUAUUCCCAUCCACGAAAAUACGGACAAGGCUCUCGUUGCUGCCGGUCAUGCUCUAACCGCCACGGUCUCAUCCGCAAAUACGGUCUGAAUAUCUGCCGUCAGUGCUUCAGGGAGUACGCCAACGAUAUUGGCUUCAAGAAGCUCGAUUAGUCAUUCCCUUUGGAAGAAAAAGGGGGUACACACAUCCAAGCACUUUCUCAUCUGACAGAUUAAAUAAGAAACAACUUAAAUGUGUUUUUAGUUUUUUAAAAGAUAUUCUGUGACUAUUUUUCCACAAAUUAAAAUGCAUCUAAAUCUUAUUUAAGCUCUCAGGCGAAUAAAAAAAAUAUAACAAGAUCUAAAAAGAAA